AUGGCCGAAUCCGAAACCGCAGAUGCGCCGGCAGAUGCGCCCGUGAAUGAGCCGGUGCAGUCGAUCGAAGUCGAGCCUAGCGUCAAGGAGGAGGAUGCAGCUGACGAUAAAUCCGACAAUGAUGGCGACGGCGCGGAAGAAGCUGAGAACCCGCCCGGAGAAGGACAGGAGGAACCUCCCGUCUCUCUUGAACAGUACAGGGCAUUGAAGAACAUCACAGAUGUCUUGUCAAACUACAAGAUCAAAGUCAAAGACGAGGACUACUACCCUGCGCAGCUCUUCAGACGCAAGCCCAACAGACGGGUCCUACCAGAUUACCACGAAAUCAUCAAGGACCCUGUGGCUAUCAGUACUCUUAAGCAGAAGAUACAACGAAAGCAAUACACAGGCAUCCCUGAGUUCGUCCGCGAUUUUGCCUUGAUCGUCCACAAUGCGCAGGUGUACAACAGACCGAAUUCCGCUCCCGUGCGCGAUGUCCUUCUCUUGCAGUCAGUCUUCAAGGAGGAACUGAAGAAAAUGGUGGAUGAAGGCUUGAUCCAAGAAGAGGAAACAGUCUUUCCAGACCUCGGAGAAAUCCCCGAUGCGACCCCCGAGCCGAGCCCGGUGUCCGACGAUGACGAUGAGGACGAAGACGACGACGACGACGAAGACGAUUCUGACGAUGAUCGCAGAAAGAGAAGACGGAAAAGCGGGCGUCCGAGCAUCUCAGGACGGAAGGGUCGCGACGAAGACGACGAGAGACGCGACGACGGCGAUCUUCGAAAGCGACGAGGACGACCUCCCAAGGUGGACACGCCCAUGGAGGCUCGAAUCAAAGCCAUCCUCAAGGGCCUCCGCAAGCCGAAAGACGAUGAUAACAACCUCAAAAUCCGUCAUUUCGAGCGAUUGCCCGACAAGAUGGAGUAUCCGGCGUAUUUCGUUGAGAUUAAAGAACCGAUCGCCCUCGACACUAUCAAGAAAAAGUCCAAAAGAAAGAAGUACCAGUCACUGGAACAUUUCAUGAUGGAUCUUGAUCUUCUCUUCAACAAUGCCAAGAAGUUCAACGAGGACGGCAGUGAGAUCUACCAGGAUGCGGUCGACCUCCACGCAGAAGCAAAGAGGUUGUUCGAAAUUGAAAAGGCCAAACCCGACGAGGAAUACCUCAUGGAAGACGGUCGAAGACCCUUACCGGCUGGUAUCCUUCACAAAAACGAAAUCUGGAAGGUCGGUGACUGGGUUCAUAUCCAGAACCAGAACGACGUGACCAAGCCGAUAGUUGCCCAGAUUUACCGGACCUGGGAGGAUCCUGAAGGACAGAAGUGGAUCAAUGCGUGCUGGUACUACCGACCAGAACAAACGGUGCAUCAGUAUGAGAAGCAUUUCUGGCCGAACGAGGUGGUCAAGACAGGUCAGUACCGAGACCAUCGGAUCGAGGAGGUGAUCGACCGUUGUUUUGUCAUGUUCUUCACCCGAUACACUCGUGGCAGACCUCGAAACCUCGGUCUCUCGAAGGAGGUCUAUGUCUGUGAAGCCCGGUACAACGAGGAGAAGCACAGAUUCAACAAGAUUAAGACGUGGGCCAGCUGCUUACCUGACGAGGUGCGAGACAAGGACUAUGAGAUGGAUUUGUUUGAUGCGCCUCGAAAGAUCAAGAAAGUGCCCAGCCCACUCAAACACCUCUUGAAGGACGAGAUGAAGGAGACGGAUGGGAUCCCUUCUCCUCAAUGGGGCCAUCCCAAUGCUCCGCCCAUUGUGGGCGGAAUUCACAAACAUGCCCGCGACGAGAAUCAAUCACCGCCACCCGAACCCACACCUCCGCCUCCUACACCUCCAGCACCAAUUGCGAGACAACCCUCGCUGAGCACUGUUGUCAAUAUGGCAGCACGUCCCCUAACCAAUGGCGCCGGAACUCACGCUCCGGCGAGUCUACAAUCACAGAUGACACGCCCAUCGCCCUCUUUGACGCCAAGUUCAUUCCAACACCAGUCGAUCUCACCAGCUCCUCAAUAUGGCCGACAGACGUCUUAUCAACCAUCACAGUCGCAUCCCCACGCAACCAUUGCUCCCCAGACCCCAGCCUCGCAGCAAUCACAUCAUCCUUAUAAUCCACAUCCCCAAAUCCACCCGCAGCCGGCAUUGACUCCCGCUCACUCGACCACUCCUGCCCCGGGAAUAUACAGUCGCCCGCCUCAAGUUCAACCGGCGGCUGUGGCCCCCACGGCCGCUCCUCCGUCAUAUGCACCCUUUACUUCCACAGCAGCCAAUGUUUACCCCGACCAACGCUUCGCCGAUGUCUUUGUGCUCUCUGACACAGCCAACGAAUCGAUCCCGAAACAUAUCCGCGACCAAUUCCCCCAAGACGAUCAAGGACGCGUGUUGUUCUUCAAGAAGCCGCCUGUCCUGCACGAUUUGACCGUCAGAGGGCGAGAUGGCCAACCGUUGCGGCACACCGAGAAAUAUCUCCUGGCUAAGAAAGAGAAGGAACGGUUGAGGGAGGAGAGGAAACGGGCUAGAGCAGAAGCCGAGAAGGCAGAGAAAGACGCGAUGAAGCGAGCACGGAUUUCCGUCUGA